AUGAGAUCAACCAGCGAGAGAGCUGAGCAUUUACUGGGAUUGCUAGGCUCACCUAUCAAACCACAUUUGCCUGCAGUGAGUAGGUUUCUCGUUGUAGCUACAUUUUACGAGGACUCUAUCCGUAUCAUGCAUCAAUGGCCAGAUCAGGUUCGCUAUCUGGAGAAAGUUCGUCAUUUUCCAGGUUAUACAGCAUCGAUAUUCUUGGGGUUCAACGCAGUGUCUAUGCUUUUAUUUGCUUCUUGUAUCAUCUUGAAGCGCCAAGUUGGACCGUCAGUAGCUGUGCUGGCUUCAGUCAUUAUUAGUCAGGCCAUUGCCUAUGGUUUGGUGUUUGAUCUGAUGUUCUUUUUGCGCAACUUAUCCGUAACGGGUGGUCUCUUAUUAUGUAUGUCUGAAUCAUUGCUGCGAAAGAAAUCGAGAAACAAGCACAGCAGUAUGUUUGCAUCGCUUCCACAAUUAACAGUAAGUGAGAGAGACAAGUACUUCCAACUUGCUGGUCGCAUACUGUUGGUAUUGCUCUUCCUGGGGUUCAUCUUGAAUGGAGAAUGGAACUACUUGCGAAUGGCAGUUUCGUUUGUUGGAUUGGCAGCUUGUGGAAUGGUAGUGGUAGGCUUCAGAGCAAAAUGGUCGGCUACAUUUUUGGUUUCAUUGCUCUGUAUCAUCAAUAUGUUGGUCAAUAACUGGUGGUCUACUAGCCAUUCAAAUUACAAGCGAGAUUUCUUACGUUACGACUUUUUCCAAUGCCUAAGCAUCAUGGGUGGAUUAUUACUAUUGGUGUCCAUUGGGCCUGGAGGUCUUAGCUAUGAUGAGAAGAAAAAGGAAUUCUAG